AUGAGUGCUCCGCAAAGCGCGUUUGUAUCGACGGUGCUCUUGUCUGGUGCGAGCUGCCGAACCGGGAGUUUUUUGCCACUGCUGGAAGCAGGUGCAGCGCGGAAACGCAGCGCAGCAGCGGCGCUACACGCCCAGCAACGUCGCGUCCGCGGCGCGCGCUUGCCACUCUGCGCGAAGGUUGUGGGUCCGGCACGUCCCACGGCGCCAAUACCGAAACCCAAAGAUGCGCUGAGUGAUCAGUCAGGCCUCGUAAACCUUGACUUGACCGGUUCGAUUCCCCGCCGCAAGACUCGAGCCGUACGCGUCGGCGACGUGUACAUCGGCGGUGGCAACCCGGUUGUGGUUCAGAGCAUGAUCAAUGAGGACACUUUGGAUAUUGAGGGAUGCGUGGCCUCCAUCAGGCGCUUGCACGAGGCGGGCUGUGAGGUCGUUCGGCUUACGGUUCCGUCCAUGGCGCACGCGCAUGCUGUCGGUUUCAUAAAGCAACGUUUGCGUGAAACGUACCGCGAUGUACCCCUGGUUGCCGACGUGCACCAUAACGGCAUGAACAUCGCAUUAGAGGUGGCGAAACACGUGGAUAAGGUGCGCAUUAACCCUGGCUUGUAUGUAUUCGAAAAGCCUGACCCCAAUCGAACCGAGUACAGCCGUGCUGACUUCGAGGCAGCAGCACAGAAACUGAAGGAGACGCUGAAGCCACUCAUUCUCUCGCUGAGAGAGCAAGACAAAGCAAUGCGCAUCGGCGUGAAUCAUGGCAGCCUAUCAGAACGGAUGCUUUUCACGUACGGCGACACACCCGAGGGUAUGGUCGAGAGCGCGCUCGAGUGCAUUCGUGUAUGCCGCGAGCUCGACUUUCAUAACCUGGUGAUCAGCAUGAAGGCGAGCAAAGUGCCCGUGAUGAUGGCUGCAUAUCGUUUGCUCGCGAAGCGUCUAGAUCAGGAGAGUAUGGACUAUCCUAUCCAUUUAGGUGUAACCGAAGCCGGCGACGGGGAAUACGGCCGCAUCAAGUCCAGCAUUGGCAUUGGUGGCCUACUGGCCGAGGGUAUCGGCGAUACAAUCCGAGUCUCGUUAACCGAGGAUCCAGUCAAGGAAAUUCCGGUCUGUUAUGGAAUCCUUCAGGCCCUGGGCCUUCGGCGCACCAUGGUUGAGUAUGUCGCGUGUCCUUCGUGUGGACGCACGCUAUUUAAUAUCGAGGAGGUUCUUCACAAAGUUCGCGAUGCUACCAAACACAUGCCGGGACUCAGCAUAGCCGUCAUGGGGUGCAUUGUGAACGGCCCCGGCGAGAUGGCCGAUGCGGAUUAUGGCUAUGUCGGAAAGACCCCCGGAAAGAUCAGUCUGUACCGCGGCCGUGAGGAGAUCCGAACGGUUCCCGAAAACCAAGGCGUUGCCGAGCUCAUCAAGUUAAUGAAGGAAGACGGCGUAUGGGUGGAUCCACCUGCAUCACCGAAUGCAAGCACCGAACCGAAGCACGACGGAUCGUCAAAACCGGCAACAGCGAGCAGGCAACCACAGGCGUCCUCAGUCUGA